GUCCUGGUGUAUAACGUGUACAUGUGUGGAAGACGUAUCAGUCUAGAUGAGUUACACACUACGUUCAUACUUGAGCUGUAUAGACCCAAAAUGGAUUCUGAUGGGCCUGAAGGAUUCUAUUCGGAGCCUAAGGUCUUAACAGCAGCUCAACGUAAAAAGCUCAAAAAGAAGCAACAAGCACUGGAGCAAGAAAACCAACGUGAAGCUACUAUUGCUAACUCAAUUGAUUUGAGACUACUAGAAGAAGAAGAUAUAAGUAACCAAUUAGCCAAAGAAGGGAAGCGAAUAUUUAAGAUACUAGGUGAUGGAAAUUGUCUAUUUCGAGCAAUUGAACAUCAGCUGGCACAUGUCAAUAAAGGAAAUAUAUCUCAAUGCAGUCACGAUAAGCUUAGACAGUUGGCUGUGGAUCAUCUGGUGAAAAAUCGAAAUGAAUAUGAAGCUUUUGUGACUUCACUAUGUAUCGAUACCGGAUGUGAAUCAUACGAAGCAUAUUGCAACAAAAUGGCUCAGGAUGGUGAAUGGGGAGGAGAAGUUGAAAUUCUAGCACUAUCCAGAGUGCUGGGACACAAUAUCGUAAUAUAUCAACAUGACGCGAAACCGAAGGUAUAUGGAGAAAAUAAUGGAAACACGCUGUAUGUGACAUUCCACAAAUAUGCAUAUGCACUUGGAGGGCACUACAACUCUACCACAUUAACAUAAUUUU